AUGGCCCUCGUCAAGACUAUCAGCGACGUCUUCGACGACGACUCGCGGGGCACAAUCAGCCUCUUCGUGCCGGAGCCAUUCCAGCUGCGCUUCGACGAGAUCGUAGACGAGCUCGAGCUCUGGCGCCAUCGCGGGGUACGCCAGUUGCCUGAAGCGCUUGUCGACUACGUCAAUUCAGAGACGGGCGAGGGCGGCGUGGACCUUAUCAUACUCGGGACCUGCGAAGUCGACCUGAACUACUACCAGGAGGGUCUGGUGGAUGCUUGGGAAAGGCGGGACGCGGAGCACAAGUUCAAGCUCGUCUGCAUCGUCCACAACGCGGCCGACGUCGGCUGGCAGCGGCACAUCGAGCACUGGUCCCGCCGCGACGCCAUCCGCCUGCUGCCCAUCGCAGACCACGUCGCGAAGUCCUUCCGCGACAAGUAUGCCCGCCUGGCGGACAGCAGCGAUCCUCACGAGUAUACCGCCGGGUUCGAGGACAUCCCGAUAGACGUCCACGUCCCGCUGCACGACGCCGCCCGCCUCAACCUCCCGCGCCGCCCCUUCCCCCGCACGCUCUCCCGCGCCGUCAUCCAGGGCACCAUCGACCCCUCCCGGCGACAGUACGACCGCAUCUUCGCAGACCUCGUCGACUCCAUCCGGGAGGACCCGCAGGCGUGGGGGUACGAGCCCACGCCAGACGCGAGCGGCGCGUACCUCCCCGACACGCGCGGGCCCGAGGAGCCCUUCCAGCUCCUCCUCGUCGGCGCCGGCGACAUCCCGAUCCCGCCCGCGCUCACGCACGUCGUCUCCAUCCACCACGACGUCCCCUACCGCGACUUCUACGCGCUCGUCGCCGCCGCGGACAUCGUCGUCCCCGCGUUCGCCGACCUCGGAUACUACGACGCCCAAGCGAGCUCGACCGUCGCGCUCGCCGGCGCGCUCGCCGUGCCGCUGCUCGCGACCGCGCGCCUGCGCCGCGCGUACGGCUACGUCGACGACGCGCGCGCUACCGUCGCGCGCCCGGCGGGGCUCCCCGAGGUCCUCGCGCUCCGCGCGCUGCGCACGGGCGUCGUGCGCUUCGGCGCGGGGCCGGGCCCGGACGUCCCCCCGCGGACGCGCGCGGGCGCGGCGGCGAUGGUGCGCGGCGGGUGGGCGCGGAGCGCGGGGGAGUGGGCGGCGUGGCAGGCGGAGGUGUGGGCGCGGAACCGCGCGGUGGUCGUGCGCGUGCUCGAGGACGCGCCGUGA